AUGUCACAACCCACACCAUUCGCCCAGGAGCUUCUGGAGCGAGCCCUUCCGCCGGACGUAGCCGCCCAAUGCCACGAAGAGCGAGUCGUGAAGAGGCCAUUGUACCUGCGCCCAACGUCCCCGGAGCCCUCGGCACGCGCGCUGCGCCGGCGAGCUCUAAACGAGAAGAAAGAGAAGGCCAAGAAGCGCAAGGCGUUGAAGCCGCGCCCGCUAUCCGCUGCGAAGAAGCGAUCCUUGGGUCUCCUUGAAAUCCCAAAGGAACAGAUCAAAUGGAGUAUAUACUUGCCGCUACAUAACCUGUGGUUAGGCUAUAUGAGGGAUAUCCUUGGUGUAGGAGAUGGGAGAGCUGCGUAUGUGAACCCGGCCAGCGCAGGACCGAUACUUGUCAGUGCAGAUAUGCAUGGCGCACUUCUGGAGGUAGUGCGCAGUCGCUGUGUCAGUAGGGUGGGGUUGAAGGGAAUAGUGGUGAGGGAUUCGCAAUUCGCUUUCGAGAUCGUCACGGAGGGAAGUGCGUUGAAAUUGAUACCCAAAGAGCAUACCAUGUUCCGAUUUGAGAUUCCAGUCCCGUCUGCCGAAGGAUCUGAGCCACUGAAGCCUCUCGUGUUUGAAAUUCUCGGCCAGCACUUUCAGCAUCGGGCGCCAGACCGAGCGAAUAGGAAGUACAAGAUGCAUUACAUGCCGGAUCUUUGA